AACUAUACAUUAAAACAGGUACCGGUAAUUGAAAGGAAGAUGUUCAAAGGAAGGUAUGUUCUGCUAUUGAUGUUUGUUCAAAGUUUUGAAUUCAUUCAGACUAAACAAUGCAACAUUCCAGAGGAUAAUGAAGAUAUUGACUGGGAUAAGUUUCCUGACGAAUGGUACCAGGUUCUACACACCAAUGACGCAGUAAUGGGAAAAGAUGUAUACGGUGGACAACUACAAAAUUUCACCAAAACAAGCACAGGAGCAAAAACGGUAGUCACGGAACUACACAAGAAUUCUCCCCCACAAACUUUCAUAGCCAGCUGGAGGGAGAAGGGAGCCGGCAUCUACAGAUUAGAAAAGAGUGAUGAAUCAGCUGCUAUAGCAUCACAAUCUUUAACACCAGAGGGUGGAACAAGUGAAGAUGCAGUAAAAUUAGAGCAUGCACUGUUUGAUGGUGAUAUUUUAAUUUUAAAUGACGAGAAGAAUUACUUAAUAUUUGUAUUCUGCAGUCCAUCAGAUGAAUGGGUUGUCUGGGUGCUUUUUCCAACUAUGAAACCAACGAUUCAUCAAGUCACAUUGAUGUGGAACAAACUCAUGGCAAAGGGAAUCAAUGUACAACUUCACCUUGCAGAAGUAGUUAAACAUCCAGAGAUUUUCAUGGGUUUUACUAAAUCAUAAAAAUUUGCAGAUAUUUCGACUUCAGAUGUUAACCAUGUAUCUAUCGAUCCAUUCAAUUAUUUACAAAUUCUUCGUAUUAACAUAUCAAAAUAAUUGUAACCAUUCAAUAAUCCUUGUUUACUUGUAUACAACUCAAGAUGAUUUUUACUGAAAACAUAAGCAAUUUGAAGUUUAAUUUGCAUAUGUCGAAUGAGUGAGAUGCCCACUGAAAAAUACAAAUUGGGGCUAAAAACUUAACUUAACUUAAUUUAGAUUCUUUGGUGUAAAUAUGAGAAAAUUGUUUUCCAAUUGAAAUAAAUAAGAGACUCACAUGCAAGGGUGCUCCCGAAGUAUUCAUACCAAGAUGGCACACAACCUGAACAUAGUAUGUGUACCAGGUUAGGAUUGUUCAGGUUGAGCAUCAUCUUGGUACAAAUACUUCCGAAGCGCUCAUGAAAGUGAGGUUGUGUUACAUGUUGCUGUGAUGAAAGCUCUACAGAAAACAUACAGAAUUAACAAAACACAAAACUUUGAAUGUUUAAACAAAUAUCAUUAAUUCAUUGUUUGUUCUACUAAGUUGUUAGAAAUGUUAAGUUUUCUUCGAGAUGAUAGUAUUUAGUUCUUUAAUGCUCCAUUUUAAUUAAAUGACAUGAAAUUUUGAAAAUGCGGUAGGCCAGCGGUUCCCAAACUAUGGGUCGCGACCCAC